AUGAAAUGCUUAUUAUUGUUAGCCUUAUUAUCAAUAGUAAAUGCAACUAAUGUUUACGAUUUUGAUAUUCAACACUACAAAGAUGUGAUACAAUCGCGUAAUUUUACCGACAAAGUAGUGUUGGUCACCGGUUCGAGCUCUGGUAUAGGCGAGGGUAUCGCCAAACUGUUUGCCGUAUUGGGGGCUAAAGUGGUGGUCAACGGACGUAAAGCGCCAGAAGUGGACAAAGUUGUCAAAGAGUUGCAGCCGUUAUCUCCAUAUAAAAUACUUGUGAGUAAUCCGUUGGGAGUGGUGGCCGAUGUGACCAAAACGGACGACUUGAACAGACUAUUGAACGAAACGAUCAAAGCGUACGGAAAGUUAGAUAUAUUGGUCAAUAAUGUGGGCGUAAAUCCCAACCUUGACAUAACGGACCCGAACCUCAUGGACACGUGGGACUUUGUUUUUAACACCGAUCUCAGAUCGUCGGUACAGCUCAACCAUUUGGCGGUACCUUAUCUGGAGAAAACAAACGGCACUAUUAUAGCCAUUGGUAGCGAUUCGGGACUUAUUCCGUAUCCGCACAAUUUGGCGUCGAGUUGUGCCAAAGCGGCCGUUCAGAUGAUGACCAAAGUGUUGGCCCUGCAGUUGGGCCCCAAAGGCAUUCGCGUCAAUACAAUCGAGUAUAUAUUGUCUUUGAAUUACAUUUUCUUAAGUUAUACUCAAACCUCGGCGAGUCUAACAACAGGGCAACGGUUGAACAGUUUCGCACCGCAUAAUCCAUUGGGAAGAGCGGGUCAACCGCUGGAUAUCGCCAAAGGGGUGGCAUUCCUGGCCUCACCCGACGCCGCGUUUAUAACCGGCGCUAAUAUUGUUAUAGACGGCGGCGUUUUAGUGACCGGUUCCCAGUCGGGCAUUGGUGAGGGUAUUGUCAAACUGUUUGCUAUAUUAGGCGCUCAUGUGGUGAUCACCGGCAGGAAAGAGACAGAGAUUAUGAAAGUGGCUCAAGAAGUGCAACGGAUAUCACCCAAUGGAUUAAUGCCGUUAUUAAUGGUAGCCGGUGUGACCAAAGCGGACGACUUGACCAAAAUUGUAGACAAAACAAUCAAAACCUAUGGAAAGUUAGAUGUUUUGGUAAACAACGCGGGCAUCGGUUUGCUGACAGACAUCCGGGACCGCAAUUUCAUUACCUCUUUUGACAGAGUGUUUAGCAUUAAUGUGCGCUCAGGUCUGCAACUCAUACAACUGGCCGUCCCAUACCUGGAGCUCACAAAUGGCACUAUUAUUAGCACCUCUAGUAUCGCCGCCUUUAGACCUGGUAAAUCUCCCCUACCGUACGGCGCCUCCAAAGCAACACUUGAUUAUAUAACCAAAUCAUUGGCCGUUGAAUUGGGUCCCAGGAUUAGAGUUAACGCUAUAAACCCGGGUUACAUACUGUCGGAUGAGUUUAGAGAUGUUAUUAAUGUGAUACAAUCGCGUAAUUUUACCGACAAAGUAGUGCUAAUCACUGGUUCGAGCUCUGGUAUAGGCGAAGGUAUCGCCAAACUGUUUGCCGUAUUGGGGGCUAAAGUGGUGGUCAACGGACGUAACGCGCCAAAAGUGGUCAAAGUUGUCAAAGAGUUGCAGCCGUUAUCUCCAUAUAAAAUACUUGUGAGUAAUCCGUUGGGAGUGGUGGCCGAUGUGACCAAAACGGACGACUUGAACAGACUAUUGAGCGAAACGAUCAAAGCGUACGGAAACUCAACCAUUUGGCGGUACCCUAUCUGGNUGGGAGUGGUGGCCGAUGUGACCAAAACGGACGACUUGAACAGACUAUUGAGCGAAACGAUCAAAGCGUACGGAAAGUUAGAUAUAUUGGUAAAUAAUGUGGGCGUAAAUCCCAACCUUGACAUAACGGACCCGAACCUCAUGGACACGUGGGACUUUGUUUUUAACACCGAUCUCAGAUCGUCGGUACAGCUCAACCAUUUGGCGGUACCCUAUCUGGAGAAAACAAACGGCACUAUUAUAGCCAUUGGUAGCGAUUCGGCACUUAUACCGUAUCCGCACAAUUUGGCGUCCAGUUGUGCCAAAGCGGCCGUUCAGAUGAUGACCAAAGUGUUGGCCCUGCAGUUGGGCCCCAAAGGCAUUCGCGUCAAUACAAUCGACUUAAGUGGUACUCAAACCCAUCUUUCGGCCAGUUUAACAACAACACAACUGUUGGACAGUUUCGCACCGCAUAAUCCAUUGGGAAGAGUGGGUCAACCCCUGGAUAUCGCCAAAGGGGUGGCAUUCCUGGCCUCACCCGACGCCGCGUUUAUAACCGGCGCUAAUAUUGUUAUAGACGGCGGCGAGUUAUGUCUGCCGACAGAACUGGUCAUAGGAUCGGCGGGAAUGCAUUUAUACCGGUAUGGGAUCGCACCGUAUGGUUACCCAGGGGUCAGACGUCAGCCACUUUUCAAACCAAUCGUUAACAUUAUAAUCACCGCAAUAUAUCUGAGCCGACAUUGCGUUGCGAUGACCACAACGGCCGCCGACAAGACCGCAUACCUAUUGAUCGGCGAUUACUUUUACUUCGUUGGCGCCAAAUAUCACACAAACAUAUUUCUGGCGAUUGUCGACGUGUUUGUCAUAUUAACACAAUUUGUACACUUUAUGGACUGCCGUCGGCCAUCCUAUUUGAGACCAUUUGAUAUGAUGUCUGGUUUGAGAUCACCUCAAAGUAUAGGCAUCACUAAUGCCAAUGAUGUCCACAAAUUACUUAAGUUCCUGGGUAUCACAUAA